CUCCGUAGCUACUAGCUAGCUUAGCUCACCAUGGCUACCUGUAAGCUCUUAGCUCUUGGCCUCGUCGUCCUAUUAAGCAUAGGAUUAACCAAUGCUAUUAGGGUGGUAAACCACGCCACUGCUGAUGGCCAAGGCAGCGGAGGGGGAGGAGGUGGCGGAACCGGAACCAGCUACGGCUCUGGUUUUGGCUCUGGCUCUGGCUUCGGCUCCGGCGGCGAGUCCUCUUAUCUGGCUCCGUCCAGCAACUUCGCAUAUGCUAGCGGAGCUGGUGAUGGCUCUGGCGCUUGGGAAGGUUAUGACCAAUAUGCAUCUGGUUAUGGAGCUGGUGGCGCAUCCGGUGUAGGCCACGGAGACUCAGGUAAUUCUGACGCUAAUGGGCCUGCAAAUGCAUAUGCAAGUGGCGGCGGCGGCGGCAUUGGAGGAAGUUUUGGAAAUGGUAAGGGAUAUGGUGGCGGCUCGGGCUCUGGGGACGGUUCAGGUAAUAACUAUGGAGCAUAUGGUUCGAGCAGCGCGAGUAGUGGUGCACGAGGAGGCGGAAACGGUGGCGGUCAUCAUGGUGGGUUUGGUAGAGGUUCCGGUGGCGGAUCAGGAACUAGUAAUGGCGCUGCAUCAGGCUACAAUGAUGGCAGUAACCGCGGAUCACUGCCUUAAUAUUUCUUCAUUUGAAAUAAUGUCAGCCAUGGGCGACACUAGUCGUCGUCGUCGUCGUUCCAUCUUGUUUGAGCUAAAUGUUUCUCCGAAUAAACCGUGUGUCAUUUGUUAGUUACUAAUUAUUAUGGCUUAAUGCAUGUUGUAGUAAUAAUGUGGCCAUGAUGCAUGCUUGCAACUGAUGUACGUGUUAAAACAUGUUUUGGUUGUAAUAUGCAUAUCAGUCAAGAUGAAUGUUUUGCUUUGAUCAAGAAGUAAUGAAAUCUGAU